CUUAGGUACCUACAUAGGUAGGUUAGUUCCGUAGACUGUAGUAAGUAAGGUAAGAAUGCACGGACCAUAUGCACUAACAGGAACGUUUGGACCUACGAACCCCCCCCAGAUUCCGCAUCCCAACCCGCUCCAACAAUCAAUCUGGCAACAUUCGCCGAUCCAUCACACGAAUCAUAUACCACCGUAGCCUGCGACCUUGCGGAUUACUGAAUAUACUUAUUUUAAUCACGUGAUCCAUUGCCAACGACAAGGAACCGUGAAAAAUAUUCAUCGCGAAUAGCCUCAUCUAAAACCGGCCUUAAUAGUCGCCGUUCCGCCAUUAAAGUGGUCGGGGUGGUCUUAACGGACUUCUACGACCCUUGUGAACUCUUAUCGUACGCGUCAUAACCGUGUUUUCCCCGCCGGAGCCGCUUAACAAAGGUGUAUUUAGGCUUGCUGACCGUGACACUAGAUCGUGGCGCCGAUUCAUCUUUUACAGCGACGCGACGGUCCCCUCGACCCCGGCCGAGGUGGAUUCUGGGGCAUGAAUCAGAACCCGCCCGCAUAUACCUCCCUCGAAGCAUUUGCUUUAUUCCAAGAGCUCAACAGAAACUUUCAGAACGGCCUGGUUAUCGGUACCUUCAGUCGCGUCUCCGAGACCCUCAAGAGAACACCCUUGAUAUUUGAACAGGACGACUUUGAUGCCGACCGACUAAGCCCUGAAUCCCUUCAGAGCUUUGCCCUACAGCUACUUAGAGAGGAGCGGAAAGAGGACAGGAGACGGGAGGCCGAAGCCGCUGCAGAGAAGAACAAUGCCGGACUGUCACCAAACUCCAGAAAAAGAAAGCUUCAAAGUCCCCCUUUGUCUACUUUUCAGGAAGCCCUAGAGCAGACAGAUAAGCUCCCGAUCCUGGUGGAGAAGCUCUAUAUACGAUUUCGGGAUAAUCUAAUUAGGGAGAUCAGAGAGGACGAAAGACGGUUCGACGAGCUUCAACGAGAGCUUGCUGAGAUCGAAAGGGGAGAAUGGGAUAAUAGGCUUGUUCAGGAGCAACGUACGGAACCACCGGCGAGUAACGGGUUCCCAGGUGUCAACGAUCCAUUACCUGCGAGACCGGAAGGCCAAGUAGCACCGACGCCAACGCCGAUACCACCAGUACAGAUACAGGCACACACGCCGACGCCAAUACCAGUACAAGCACCGACACUACCGCCAGCGUCAACGUUAACGGCAGUAUCAACACCAGUUCCGGCUCCUCCCCAGACCCAGGAUCACGGUAGGAAAACUGAGCCGCCGCAUACUCCUCAGCCGCCCCAGGAGAGAAAAGCCGUACACUCAAUUCCUCCAUCGCUACCUCCACCUGCUCGUCCUCCCAGUGAAGCACGCCAUAUUGCCCCUGAUAAUAGGCCACAAGAACUAGGGCGUCCAAUAAGUAAUGCAACACCAGUUUUACAGCAUCCACGGACCGUUCAAGGGUAUCCCGCACGUUCAGGUUCUGCCACGCCUCAGCCACCCGUCGUUGAUGGCCUUCAACGACCUGAAGGUGUCCCCAAAGGUCGAAGCCCUGCACCUAUACAAACUAAUCAACCCCAACCCCAACCCCAUACUCCUACCCCUACUCCCGCGCCUGCUUUAAAAUGGGAGCCUCCAUAUCAGCCUCCCCACCAGUCUUCUCCUCAACCUCCAUUUCCACCUUCUUAUCAACCGCCGCCGCCGCCGCUACAACAUCAGCCGACCCACCAGACUCCUAUUCCGUCUCCUCGACUCCCCUACAGUACGGGAGUCACCAGGCCUCCGACAUAUCCUCAGACCCCAACCAGCCUCCCUCAGCUACCCCAGAAUUAUGCAGGCGGUAGGCAGACUCCGGGACAGUACGGCCAAGCGCCUCGACCCUCAACACAAGGAUCUGCGCCAGCAUCUCCAUCGGUGCUUUUACCACCGCAAAGUGCGGGCCAGAUACCACCAUCUCUUCAAUCACUACCUUUAAACGCAACUCCAGACGGCGCAGGGCAACAGUUACCGCAGCGGCGUCCAGCUUCAAUCCCUACGGUAAGCUCGCCGGGUUCCAAUAUAGGACCCGGUCCUUUCGCCCAGCAUCAAAGUUCGCAUGUGCCGACUCAAACACCUGUUCGACCACCUGCUGCGUUAUCAGAGCCACACCUAGCUGCAAGCCCCCCCAAACCUCCCGUGCCGCCAACACAAUGGUCUCCGGCACCCGGUCCGGCCCGGCCUUCAUAUCCUCCGCAGACUCCCGUCCAAGCACCCCUAGCGCCACCGACAUCUCAACAGGGCCAAUCAGCUUCCAAAUCAUAUAGCUCACCAUAUAAUCAACAAGCGCAGCAAGCUCAGCAAGCCGGUACUAUUGAUUCUACUCAACGCCCACAAGUACCUCCACUACAAACCCCGGUGGCGAUACCUCAGCCUACGCGUCCACUGUCGGCGAGCCAAGAGCAUACACCAGUAGCCGUUUCUCCUCAUAUUAUAAGAGGACAUGGAACUAAGUGGAUAUCAAUCCCUACGCCUGCAACACCGCGUGUAGAUGACGUGACCGGUUAUUUUGAUAUCGAGAGUCCCGUCUACGAGCCAAUUAGCCCACGUCCUCAGUCGGCCCAGUUACCGAAGACUUCUCCUGAACAGAACGGGAAAAAGGAUAUAUCGAAGGCUCUACAAAAGCCCGAUGUAACGCCCAAUCGGCCUAGAGGUCGACCACGUGCCACGCAGAAACCCCCUUUAACGCAAUCAGAGGAGGCCCCAGCGGACCCAGAUCUCUCGGGAAGUAAUAUUAAGAACGAAGAGGCAACACCUCGGGCUCUCGAGGAUAUUGGACACGCGACUACAGCAGAUGAAAGUGUUGCUACCAGGGACCAGCCUGGCCCAAGCCAGUUGUCUAACAAACGGAAACGUCAAGAGAGUCCUCUGAAUCGGGCUACGCCAACACCGGCUACGCACGUUUUAUGGACACGUUCGUUCAAUAAGAUUAGCCAAUCUGCGUUGGAUCAAAUUAUCAGUCAUCGCCAUGCCAACAUGUUUGCGCAUCCCGUGAAACCAAAGACGGCGCCAGGGUAUUUCGAAAUUGUGCUCCGGCCGCAAGAUCUUAAAGGCAUCCAGAAGGCCAUCACUGCAGGGUCUAAAGCGGCAUCAAUAGCAGUGGCAACAAUGCCUGAUAUUGAUCCAAGUGCAACAAACGUCUGGCUUCCGAUGUCAGUGGAUCUAGUCCCACCGCGAGGCAUAAUAAAUAUCGCGCAGCUAGAGAGAGAGUUGGUUCACAUGUUUGCGAAUGCUAUCAUGUACAACCCGGACCCCUAUCGUGGCUUCGGGCCUUCUUUCCUGAAAUCGAAUCGACGGGCUAGUCUAGAAGGUGACGGGGAAGACUACCGAGGCUACGAAGUAGAUGAGAAUGGGGUUGUAAAGGAUACUCGCAGUAUGUUUGGUGAGGUUGAGAAGUUAUUAAGCGAUCUCCGCAACGAGGUAGAGCGAAAUGCGCCUCCGCCGACGGGCGUGCCACCAUCUGCAAGCCGUAGCAUGAGCGUAGCCGGUGGGGAGAUGAACACAACUGAGGAUGAUGCAGAUGAGCCAGCAGGGGAUACCAGUAAAAGGCGAAGAAUUAGGGGCUAGUAGUAGCCUUAUAGCAAGUAUAAUGCUGAUCUGGGUGAGAUUAGCAAUCUAGCUAAUCGCCCAUCCUUGAAGGGCGAGUCCGUUUCAAUGUAGAUAUGCGCCGAGGUCAAGAUUUAAUUAUGACUUUGGUUAUGGACAAACCAUUUUAAGAAGCUUUUUGGAAUCUGAUGUAUGUGCAUUUUUGAAUAUUUUUAUAUAUGUAUAUACAUAUGACAG